CAAAAUGUUUUGACCGCAAACAUUCCGGAUCGACGCCCAAAUAUUUCCGUGUUUAAUAUUAUGAAUUGAAAUCUAUUGGUGAUAAAAACAAAUAAACAAUUAUGGCUUUGGAUCUCGUGAGCAUUGCACAGCCACAUUACAUACCGGGCUAUACGGGUCACUGUCCCGAAUACAAGUACCGUAUCGGCGACACCUAUGGCUCUACCACGCACAAGAUACUGCUGGAUCCCAGUGUCAACCAUUCAGAGAGGCUCGUGCUCUCCGACCGGACUGCUGAUGACUUCCAGAUAUUUCGUCCGCCUCAAACGGACAUCGAUAUAGUGAACGCCAGGUUCCGAAACGGUGACCCAGUCUACAAACAUCCGAUGAUCCCGGGCUAUGAAGGGUUUCUACCACGUUUGAACGCACACUUCGGUCAGCGGUAUACAGUAUCUGCAACUGAAGCCCUAUCGGAGUUCCAGACAGCUCAACUGAACCAGCGAGCAGCCAGACACCAGUUAGAACGCGUCGUUGAUCUGCAAGCUGGCAAGGGACAACCUUGGGACCUAGUAGACAGAUUCUCUGCAACAGCUGAGUUCAAGCUGCCGUUGGUCGUGGUAAGACCAGAAUGUGCCGGUAUCCUGAGAGACCUUCCGAUGGAUGAGGCGAAAUUGCCACCUGCCUCGCACUCUAUCAGCCCCUAUUUUAUGGAAAACUCUGACCCUGAAAAGUAUAUAAAGAAAGGCUUCGCGGGUCAUGUACCAUACGGUUUUCAGCGAUUUGGAGAUUCGUCAAAGAAACUUACAAACUCUGCUUUGUGCGACUUCUCCUCUAACUACAGGCGAAGGCAAAGCACGGAAUGGGCUCCUGUCAAUGUUGUUAAACCUGAUCCUCCCAUGUCCAUAAACCCAACGGAGAUAUAUCACAAGCACGUGGGCAUGUUGCCCAACUACGCGGGUCACGUGCCCGGCUGUGUUUUCAGGUUUGGCAAGACGUAUGGUAACGAUACCCGAGAUGCAAAGAGGUGGCUGCGCGGUGAUUUCACGUCCUAAAUUCUACUGUAUUGUACAACAAUGUCCACCGGAUCGGUCCCAGAGAGCAGCGAGAUCAUUCUUUAGUGCGACGAAGAUCUGAAGUCUGAGAUCUGAGUGUGACCCAAAUAGAAUACAUCAACGUCACUUUUGACAGUUGUUGUUGUUUUGACAGACAAAAUUGAACAUAAAGGUAUUUUUCAAAACUGUGCAAAUUAAUCAACACAAAUGCAAAAGGGUUAUAUGCUGUAGUUAUUUUAUUUUUUAUAUACUAAGUCAAAAUUUCUCGUAGUUUUUCCUGACACCUUGGCCAAACUUCAGUAUGACGUCGUUUUUGAAGAAAAUGGCAUUGAAUAUCGGUGGAUAAUAUAGGAUUACCAUUAAUUGUGAAGUUUUUUGUAAAGCCCUUCUACCCACGUGUAAGAUGAAGAGUUAUGGUAUCCAUAACAUGCACAGUUUUGAUAAUGUUAUGUAACAUAUCCUCAGAAUCACGGAAAAAUUUACCGCAGUCAGUCGUUUUUCGACAUGGUCUCUUAAGUUUUCAUUGAAAAGCACUCUUUAAAUUUACAUAAUUACACUUAUUUACUUGUCUGUGCAAUAAUUAAACAUUUUUUAUAUAUCUCUAGAUCUUUGUCGCACUAUAUUCUUGUUAUGGAAUUUUAUUUUUAUUAGAAAUGAAACACAUUUGAUAACAUUUCUUUUAUAUUUACUUAUAUACACAAUAUACAAUUUAUAUUUUA